AUGAAAAAAUAAAAAAUUUUAGAUGAAUAAAAGAGAGAAUAGCUUUAAAACAAUAAAAUUAUUUCAUAAUCAUCAUAAAUUGUUGAGAAAUAUGAAACCUUCAGAGAAAUCCUAAGUACCAAAUCUUAAAAUGAAGAAAGUAAAAAGAACUAACUAUUUAAACAAACAAAAAAUCUUGAUUACGAUUCUGAGAAAUUUUUAAGAUAAAUAUUUAAAUUAGGCGAUCAUAUCAAAAGUGGAGGGGAGGCAGAUAUAUUUAAAAAUCAAAAUAAUGACAGUAUAGCAUAUAGAAUAAUUAAAUUAAAUGGAGAUGAUGAUCUAAGGAAAUAAGAAAAAGAAUUAUUAAGAAUUUAGGAAUUAUAAGAAUAAAAUAUUUUAAAUAUAGAUAGUUCUCAUCUAAUAGAAGAUAAAGCUAAUCAUACUAGGUAUAUCAUUAACUCUAUGUAAAAAUGUUAAAUGAGUCUUUACGAUGAAAUAUCAAAAAAUAAAGUUUUUAAUCUUAGAGAAACUUUAAAAUUUAUUUCUACUGCAUUUCAUUUAUUGAUUGUACUUAGAUAAAAGUAUAUCUAUCAUUCAGAUAUUAAACCGGGAAAUAUCUUAAAAAUUGAUGAUAAUAAUUACAAAUUAUCUGAUUUUGGUGCUUCAUAGUAAGUUGAUUUUAUUGAUCCUUUUUGUGAUUAUUAAAUGCAUACAGAUGGUUAUAAACCAUAAGAUAGAGAGAAGAAUUUACCUUUUUAUCAUGAUAUCUAUUCUUUUGGUAAAACUAUCCAAAAGUUAUUAAUGUAAUUAGGAAAUUGCUCAGAAAAAAUUUCUGAUUGUUUAAAAGAAUUUAUAAAAGAAGAAAUUUGUAAAGAUGAUGAGAAUUCUAUUAAUGUAGAUUGCUUUGAGUUGCCAAUAAAGUUUAUAAAUAAAAUAAUGAAAUUUACUAAUGAUGGAGUUAUUGAUGUUUUCUUAGAGGAAUAUUUAAAAUAGAUAGAGCAAUACUUAGUUAUCAAAAAAGAAAAUAAAUCAAGAUAGCAAUUAGCAGAAUCAGUUAAAUUCAAUUAAAAUUAAGGCUCUGAUAACUAAAAGUUAUAUUUUAUGUAAAAGAAAAAAAUAUGA